CGUUCGGGUGGUCCCGAGUACAUGUAAUUCAUUUUGCGUCACACUCGGAACACCAACCCGGGUAGUUCAGCACGGGCGAUUCGACAAUUCCUUGGCCUAUUGCCUAUGCUGGUACGUGACUUCCUCCAGGGCUGGCGAUCACCCAGUAGCGAAACGUCGGUGACUGGAGCGCAUUUCCUGUAGUACGUUCAGUCGAGUUGGCCUCAAAAAUGGCGAAUGUCUUGCUGCUCGCAGUCUUCCUGUUGUCCGGUAGUUUAAACCCUGCCCGAGCCCAGGACAGCAGUACAAUCGUCCCAACCACCAACACCGAGGCCCUCGAGAGGCAGCUCGCCGAGACCAGGGAGGAAACGGGCCGCCUGAAAAAUGAAGUGGACCGUCUGUCGUCGCUGGUGGAGACUCUACUGUCCAGGCGCUGCUGUGCGGAGCCGACCACUGACACCCCGGCUCCUCCUGCAGACUGUGCAGCAUAUAAAGCCUCCGGGCAGACGACCAGUGGAGUCUACCCCCUCAGCUCCCUCCCGUCUGGUGUGAAGGCCUACUGUGACAUGGAUACAGCAGAGUAUUUUCUCACAGGAGGUGGAUGGACCGUGAUCCAGCGGCGGCAGGACGGGUCGGUCCCCUUCAACCGGACCUGGGAGGAGUACAAACUGGGCUUUGGGGACAAGAACGUGGAGUACUGGCUGGGGAACGAGAACAUCCACCUCCUGACCAAUCAGAAAAAGUACACCCUGCGAGUUGAUCUGCAGGAUUGGGAAGGGAAGCACGCAUUCGCAGAAUACAGCACAUUCAGGUUGGUACUCCUCCUCCUAGCGGGAAUUCAGUUAGGAAGUCCCAUGGAAAUACAAAUGAUGAAAUACAAGCCCAACAUAAUGAAUGUCCCAUUAAGGAUGUCCGGUGAGUCUGACGGGUACCGGCUGCACAUUUCCGGGUAUUCAGGCACCGCGGGAGACUCCAUGGAUUACCACAACAACGGACAGAGGUUCUCCACUAUGGACAGGGACAAUGAUGCCAGCAAAAUCGACUGUUCCCAGCGGUACGGACAGGGCGGCUGGUGGUUUUGGAGCUGCAGCUACUCCUUCCUCAACGGCCGUUACCUGGGCAACUGUGGGAACUCCUGUCCGUACGGGCAAGGUGUGAUGUGGUACCACUGGAGAGGAGGCGGGACCUACUCCCUGAAGUCUGUGUCCAUGAAAAUCAGGCCAGCAUAAUUCCAAUUUCUCUGCUAAAUCUGAUCACACUCAAUUAUCCACGACAUCAUUAAUCCUAAUAAAGAAUAUUCUUUGUAAAUAAUUUACACAACUCUGUGUUACAUGUAUCAUGAUAUUAUUUUGUACUUCUACAUGUCUGUAAACUAACAAUAAAAUAAAAUUUUACAAGUCAAUUUUACAAACUGUACUAUCUCAACUUCUCCAAUAGAUGUGUGACGUUGUUAGCAUAUUCUGACUUCUCAGAAGCUGAUCCUGACACCUGAAAAGAUAAAAAAUAUUACAAGUGUGUUUAACUUACAAGAGUUCAAAUACACACCUACAUGGGGGCAUAUCUUGCAAGUGAUAUUCACAUCAAAAGGACUUUUCAGGGUUACAUGAAGAUUACACACAGUGAUUACGUCGUCAUAUCAUACAUUGAAUGACGUUGAUAAGAAUGUUCUCAAGGAAUGAACCUAACCGAUUUGUUAAUUUUUGCAUGACAAUUUUAUCACUUUGCUAAGGUAUAUUAUGUUGUUGGCUAAAGGAAAGUGAUGCAGACCCAGCCAAAGACAAUAGUAUGCAUUUUUAGAUUAAAAUUAUUUCAUUUUCA